CGGACGCGACCACAGAAACCCAGCAGACCGACCUUCCCGGGCUCCUCGCCAAUGGCUGACGAACUCUUUCAGCGCAAACCCUGGGACCCCGAGCAGAUUCGCCUGGACCCCGACGCUGACUCCGAAGGCCUGUUUGACAAGCCUCCUCCGGAAGAGCCCCGAGCAGUCCGCGCACCCAAGUCGGCGUCGGCCGCGGGCAAGAAGGCUGGUCGGCGCGCCAGCGGGAGGGCGCAGGGGGGCCGCGCCGGGCAGCCCCCGAAGGCCGCUGCGCGCCCUCCGCCCAAGGAGGAGGCGCCUCCAAUGGACGAGGGCUGCUAUCUCGACCAUUUUCCUCACCUCUCCAUCAUUAUCUACGCGGCCAUCGCCUUCUCCAUCACCUCCUGCAUCUUUACUUAUAUCCAUUUACAUCUUGCCUGAGUGGCUACGGCGGGACGGGGUGGGCGCACCGCAGAGGGAAGAGGAAAGGGAAAAGAAGGGCUUGGCUUUUGGGGUUUGGAAACGCGCCCUACCCCCUUCAUCUAGCUUUUGAUGCUUGUUUCUUUUUUUCUCUGCUUGUCACUACCUUUGUCUAACUAUACAUCAAUAGAAACGUCCAAAGCAGCUGCCGAUAGUGAAAUAAGGGUCUAUUUGCACCUGGAGAUUAGCGGAGGGGGCACAGUCAGCCCCCAACGUUUAGAAUCUCGGGGUGAGGUUGAGUCCUGUUUAUAAUGAGGAUAAUGUCCCUGGACCCUACCACUUUGUGAGGUGGGGGUACGCGCAGGGCGCCUGUCAUUUUGUGUUUGGGGCGCGCACAGCGAGCCCAACCUUCUGUUCUUUAAGGGAUGAGCCAGACCCGGACCCGCGGCCUUCCAGAGAGGGCCCCGCGGGGAGGGUCGGCGCCCAGGCCCGGGCUGGGCCGGAGCCCUGUGAUGCUGCAUCGCCCCAGGAGAAGGCGGCUGUGCCCCCGAGCUGGCGCAGACAGAGCUCGGAGCGCGGGAGCUGGCGGACCUGAGUGCGCAACGGACGCUGCCGGAGCGCUAGACGCGGCUUUGCUGCCGCUGUCGAGCCGAGCCGAGCCCCAUUGCCAGAGGAGCUGUCCUGAUAGGAAGUCACGCUCCCGUCGUGUCUUGGACGUCGUGAGACCGGAGGCUGCUUGAUGCGACCUCCUGGGACGCAUACCCAUAGCUCGGGGGCUGUGCGGGAUGAGACUUUGGAGCCCUAGCUGGGGUCUACCGAAGGGCUACCUUUGGGGACUGCAGGGCGGCUUCAUCCUAGUCCGGAGCCCUUCCAGAGCUAAGGGACCCAAGACGCAGGGGGUGGGGGCAUCUGUCAUGGACAAGAAUUCACCCUGGAAAACUACCUGACCCCUAGGGGUUUGUCAUCUCAGACCCAAAAAACCUACUACCGAAACGCACCUUGGCAGAUUAUUUACCCACCUGCCAUCUCUGUUUACUCAUGAAUGUUUAAUGUCGAACAUAGCACUCUCAUACUGCCUAUACUUUACUUGGAAAUGUCUGUAAUUAUGGUACCUCUGAUGGAAGAAAUCCCUCUUUUUCAGUCU